UAUCUAUGCAGAACAAAGAGUUUAGCAUAAGGCACAAACUAAUUAACAUGGCUAUGGCCAAUGAAUACAACACUGAAGAGCUAGUUCAAGCUCAUGUCCUUCUCCGAAAUCAAAUCUUCGCCUUCAUAAACUCUGGAUCAUUGAGAUGCGCAGUUCAGCUUGGAAUACCAGAUGUUAUUCACAGCCAUGGAAAACCCAUGGCUCUUAGCGAGCUAGUUGCUGCGCUUCCAAUCAAGCAAUCCAAAGCUCACGGCAUUCAUCGCCUCAUGCGAGUUCUUGUCCAUUCUGGCUUCUUUGCUGAGCAAGAAGAAGGCUAUGUGCUCACACUCGCUUCAAGGCUCCUCCUAAAAGAUGAGCCGUUGAGUGUGAGAGCAUACGCCUUGAUGGCUUUUCAUCCUGCUAUGGUGAAACCCUGGAGCGUCAUGAGCGAUUGGUUCCAGAAUGAUGAUACUGCGCCCUUUUAUACAGCUGAACUGAAGAAUUUCUGGGAGUAUAACGCUGAAGAAACAAGCUUUGGCGAUUUGUUUAAUGCAGCCAUGGCUAAUGACUCCAAGUUCAUCGUAUACUUGAUGAUGAAAGAGUGCAAGGCAGCGUUUGAAGGGUUGAGUUCAUUGGUGGAUGUUGGCGGCGGCACGGGGACCGUAGCCCGGACCAUUGUUGAAUCAUUCCCCAACAUGAAGUGCACUGUGCUUGAUCUCCCACACGUGGUUGCUAACUGCCAGGGGAGUGAAAAGCUAGACUUCAUUGGAGGGAGCAUGUUUGAGGCAAUUCCUCCCGCAAAUGCAAUCUUACUCAAGGAAAUUCUGCAUGAUUGGGAUGAUGAAACUUGUAUAAAGAUACUGAAGAAAUGUAAAGAAGCAAUUCCAAGCAAGGAAAAGGGUGGCAAGGUGAUCAUCAUUGAUGUUGUGUUGGACAACCAGAAAGAAGAUGAUGGGUUUGUCCGAGCACAACUCUUUCUUGACACAAUGAUGUUGGCUGUCUUAACAGGUAAAGAAAGAACCAGGAAAGAAUGGGCACAACUCUUCUAUGAAGCUGGUUUCAGUCACCACAAAAUCACUCGAGCUUUGGGAAUUAAGUCUGUCAUUGAGGCUUAUCCUUGACUAUGGCAUUGGAGUUGCUAGACAACUUUCCUCUUUCUUUUCUCAAAAUCAUUUGAAUAAUGGACUACUAUUCUAUGCUUAAUGACUUGUAUACCUGGCUAGUUACAAACUGUAUGCUAUAGAUUGUAUCUUUUUUAUGCAUCAACAUAUUUGAGCUUUGCCUAUAAUAAUGUACCAUUUCUACUUGAUUGUUGAUAGCUAGAUGCAAAAUAAUCA